CGGGGCAGAGAUCACAUGACGUGCUGCCAUAGAUCCGAUUUCCCGCCCUUAAAAGUCACAUACAGGGGGCGUAACCUCCAAAUCACAUGCCCUUCAGCCAAUCAGCAGGCAGGAUGAAGAGGCGUGGCUGCGGACGUGGCAGGUAAUCGGGCUCUGUGAUAACUACAUCUCCCGGCAUGCUGCGCGGUGACAGGGAGACAAUGACGUCAUCUGUGUAGUGUUGGAACCCGGAAGAGACGAGAGGAGGGGAAGUGAUCGGAGGAGAAGAAACGGCGGUGACUUUAUAUGUGAUUAUACCGGAGAAAUACCGGAGAGAUGUCGCUGUUUGGAGAAUUUGAGGAGAUGGAGAACUCGGAUUUCUUGGAUGACCUUCUGGACGACAUAUUCCCCCACGUGCCUGCGGAUGGUGUCCAUGAGGAGGGGGGGUGGGGACCCCUGGGUCUGGAGGUGCUGAGUGACCCGGUGGUGGACGGCUUCCUGUGUGAGCUCCUGGGCAGUCCGCUCGGUGAGGGUCCCAGCUCUCCUCUGGCCAGUGACAGUGGGAUAUCUGAGGGUCUGGCGGCCAUAUCGUCUCCUGGUACCUGGGAGCCGUCUCCACCCGACAGCCCCAACAUCGUCCACACGGAACACAACUACUCCAUGCUGCAGAGCGUGCGGUCCGAAACCUGUGAUGGGGACGUCUUCAUCGACCUAGAUGUGUGUGUGGAGGAGACUGAUCUGGAGGUGAUGGACCCAGAUGGUCUAUGUAUGGAGGAUGAGGAGGAGGAUGGUGAUUAUCGGUACCAGACUGGGCAGGUUCUGCAGUUGACUGAGGAGGAAUCUCGGCUCCUGGGGAAGGAAGGCGUCACGUUACCUCAGCACCUUCCCCUCACCAAGACCGAGGAGCGAGCACUGAAACGUGUCCGAAGAAAGAUCCGGAACAAGCGAUCGGCACAGGAGAGCCGGAAGAAGAAGAAGGAAUAUGUGGACGGACUGGAGAACAGGUCAGAGCUGUGGAGAAGAUGUGUCUCUCUAAUAUACA